AUGCUUAGGCAUAUCUGGAGCAUUUUUGCUAGGUCUGGUUCCAUUUGGGUUGCAUGGGUAAGAGAAAAUCUUUUGAAGAGAAAGAGUUUCUGGAGUGUAGGCAUUUCUCAGAACAGUUCUUGGAGUUGGAGGAAAAUUUUGAAACUAAGAGAUAUUGCCAAAAGAUUCUUAAAGUUUGAGAUUGGGAAUGGGGAUAAUAUUCAUAUGUGGCUGGAUUUGUGGUAUCCUGCAGGAAUAUUGAUUGAGCAGUAUGGCUUUAGGGUUGUCUAUGAUGCUCAAAGUAAUAUUGAAGCUAAACUGUCUUCUGUCAUCUGCAAUGGAGAUUGGUUUUGGAGACCUGGAAGAUCAGAAGCUUUAGUUGACAUUCAAGCUAGACUUUCGGAAGCUUGCUUGAGUCAGUGUGAUAAACCUAUUUGGCUUGAUUCUAAGAAGGGUGUCUAUGUUAGUGUAGAAACUUGGGAAGCUCUUAGAAAGAAGAAUGCAAAGGUGAAAUGUUACUUAAAUGGGGUUAUAAGGGUGAUGUUUAAUGCUGUUUUUGUCAUAGUCAAAUUGAAAAUUGUGAUCACAUCUUCUUUGGAUGCAGUUUUAGUUCUAGAAUAUGGAAGUAUUGCAUGGUGGUUCUUGGUUCUGUGGUUUAUAAUCUUUGGCGUACCAGAAAUGAGAUUAAACAUGAUGGUGUUCCCAAAACUGAAGAGCAAUUGUUGA